AUGUACAUAAUAUAUGAAUUCUUUCAUUUAUCGUUAUUUCCGGGUCUUUUCGUUGCAUUCACUUACAACAAGAAACAACCACCUGCGUUUGGUGCAGCACCUGCAUUUUGGUGCAUUCUUCUUUCUUUCCUCGGUCUUUCGUUCCGUCAUAUUCCUAAUAACUUAUCCAAUUACAACGUAUUAACCGCUAAUGCACCUUUCUUUUAUCAAAUCUCAGGGACAUGGUCUAAUCAUGAGGGUAGUAUUUUAUCAUGGUGUCGGAUCCCACGUUUUUAUGGAUUCCUUCUUUGUUACCGGGGUCGACCCCAAAGCCAUAAUGUCUCAAAACGAGGAGGCCAUAGAGAAGUUUUGUAUGACUUUGUCUCGAACUUCGUGAAGAACUCCAUUCUAUCUCUCCCGGAACCGAACGUUUGA